AUAGCCUGUAACCACCAUAGACGCAGUGCUGGGACACAGGCUUGGAGUCGAUAGAGUGUGCAUCGCUCUGCCGCAGUGGCUUGUGGGUAAACACUGGUGCAGUUUCCUGAGAGAAGUGCAGCUUGGUUUUCACCGCCCCAUUGUUGCACCGGGACGAAAGACUGUCCAGUAUCGCGGCCAGCCCGGUUGCAAGUGGACAGUUGUUCGGACUGUCUCCGCGAUGAGUCUUAACGAGCACUCGCUGCAAGCUCUUUCCUGGAGGAAGCUCUACUUGAGCCGAGCAAAACUGAAAGCGUCCAGCCGAACCUCAGCACUCCUUUCUGGGUUUGCAAUGGUAGCCAUGGUGGAGGUUCAGUUGGAACCCGAGAGCUACCCCCCAGGGCUCCUGAUCGCCUUCAGCGCCUGCACCACCGUUCUGGUGGCCAUCCACCUCUUCGCCCUGAUGGUGAGCACGUGCAUCUUGCCCAACAUCGAGGCCGUCAGCAACGUGCACAACCUGAACUCGGUGAAGGAGUCGCCUCACGAGCGCAUGCACCGUCACAUCGAGCUGGCCUGGGCCUUCUCCACCGUCAUCGGCACGCUGCUCUUCCUGGCUGAGGUGGUGCUGCUCUGCUGGGUCAAAUUCAUGCCCGUCAGACCACACUCCAAUGUGGACAACAGCACCAUGAGUGAGGGCAUGGCGGCUGCCAUCACCUCCACCUCCAUCAUGGUGCCCUUCGCCCUGGUCUUCAUCGUGUUCGCUGUGCGCUUCUACCGCUCCCUCGUCAGCCACAAGACGGACCGGCAGUUCCAGGAGCUGGAGGAGCUGUCCAAUAUAACCCGACUCCAGAACGAGCUGGACCACAGGGGGGAUGCUGUCCUACAGCCACCCAGCUCUCAUUUCCCGUAGAGAAGAGGACUCUGCACCUCUUAAUACUCCUAUAGUUUCAAAGGGAUUUUCUGGUUUAUAUUCUAUUUAUUUAAUUUAUUUAUUUUUUUGCAUGUAAACAUUUUAUAAGAUUGUCGGUUAAUAGUUGUCCCCUUUUGAAUUGUACUGUAAACUCUGCUGCUGUGUUGAGAUUUUACUUAGAGAUUUCUAAGAAUUUAUGCUGUUUUAAUGCAUGCUGUAGAAAUCGAUGGAGUUAUUAUUUUUUUGUAAAAUUUCGACACACUCUAGAUUUUAUGAGUGCAGGAGACUGAUUAAUGGAAGAGAACUUUAGGUCUUAUCGUAGGUUCCACUGUAAAACUUUUAGAUUUUUAAAUAUAAAAUAUGGGGUGUAUUUUCGGUAUAUAACAGUAUUUAAAGAGAAUUUAAUAGUGAGAGUUUAAUUUGAAACAAAUUUUUAGUCUGUGUUUACAGUUUGGGACAGAUAAAUGUGAAUGGGGGCUGUAGCUUCGUCAUGGGACUGCAAGCCGUGGGUAAACAUUCAAACUGUGAUGCCAAUGUCAUUCAUGUCAUUCAUAUUUAAACAGACUGUUAAAACAAACCAAGUUGCCUAAUGCAGUGUUUCUCCUUCUGGUUGGCAGAGACCCUCAGGCACUCUGCGUUUUUGCUCCCGGGAGGGAGCUGGGUGGAAGCGAAAACAUGGAUUGUCUGGAGGGCCCGCGCACCAGGUUGAGAAACACUGCCCUAAUGAAUAGCGCUCAGUUUAUCAAUAACUGGUUAAUGUAGUAAUGUCUCAACUAAACAUGCUUAACGUUUACCUGUCAUCAGCUAAUAUUGGAAUGUAUAUUAACUGAUGGUAAUGGUGUUUAUUUUUUUGCAGAGGUAUUGGGUUCAUUUUGUGUGAAUCUCGAAGGAGAUUGAAUGCCACAGUUUUGUGCCAAUGGGUGCAGCUCUGUAGCGAUGGCAUUGCCCUGUUAAUCACUGCCUGCUUUAACCCAAUGAGAAUUCAGUGGCUGACUGUGCAUGAUGGACCAUGGUCCUCAUGCGUUUCCGAGCCCCGAUUCUCCCAGAACUGCAGCUCCUACACGCAGGGGCGCCGCCAGAAAUCUUGGGCCCCAUGAAAGAUUAGAAUUUUGCCCCCCCCCCCCUUUUUGCGAAAAGGUAAAGCCCCUAACAGGGCCCCAUGUCAGUGCUGGGCCCCUAGAAUCGUUCUAACCUUUCCUCCCCUGGCGGCGCCCCUGCCUACACGUACCCUGUGCACAGGACCGUUCAAGCCCGCCCGACAGCCCAGGGCUUUCUGACUGGAAUUCCUCUGCUUGCCUGAACUGAGAACGGCUAUAAAUGUCUGUUUAUAACAAUGAGGAGAGAUUGGUUGGCGCUGGGCUCAUACACACAUGGACGUUUUGAGGUGGACAGUUAAUUGGGUGCCUCAGCCAGUUAAUUGGGUGCCUCAGCCAGUUAAUUGGGUGCCUCAGCCAGUUAAUUGGGUGCCUCAGCCAGUUGCGUUACAGAGCACAGUCAUGCUGGACUUUUCAUCUCUACGUCAUGCCACAAUGCAGAAGAUGUUUCCCCACUGUAGUGUGGGCGUAGUGUUACUGCACAGUGCCACCUCGGCACUUAGCGAUUCCUGCUGGGGGUAUUUGAUGGCCCAGUGGUCAUCCACCAUUUCUCUGAGUGCUCAUCUUGUCAAAGCUCUGCCCCUCUUUCUUAUGGGAAUGUACAUUAUGAUGUUAACUUAAAAAAAAUGUUUGCUUGAUUAUAUGUAACCAGCUUGCUCAUGAUCUUAUUGAUAUUUUUGUGCCACAGGUUAAUUUAUAAACUGGUUCAAGGCUGUUUUAUGUAUAAAAAACAAAUCAGUAAAAUAUACUUUUCAUACCAUA